AUGUCUGGCAAUCUAACUCGAAAUGUGUUUAUGUCACAAAGCAGUAAAUUAUCAUCAAUAAAUCUUCCGGAUUCUAUUGAUUUCAUCGGAGAUUAUGCUUUCAAUGGUUGUUUCAAAAUAACAGAAAUCUCAAUUCCUCCAAAGAUAUACAUAAUUCGAGUAGGAACAUUUAGUGAUAUGAAGAGUCUGAAGAAAGUUAAUUUAAACCAUGUUAAAAACAUUUCAGCAAAUGGAUUUUCAUUAUGUAAUCAGUUAAAUUCUAUUAAUUUCGGUGACAAAUUGCAGUACAUCUGUGAACAUGCAUUUAAAGAUACAUUACUCAAUAUUGAUUUAGAUUUCCCUUCAUCAAUUAUUUCAAUUGGCAAAUUUGCAUUUUCAAAGUCAUCUGUCAAAUCAUUGACAUUCAAUUCAGAAAACAUGUUGAUUGAAGAGUCUGCUUUCAAAGAUUGCCAAGGAUUGAAGAUAGUUAAGUUACCUAAAAAUAUGAAAGUUCUUUCAAAUUCUACUUUUGAAUCAUGCAAGAACUUGGAAACUGUUCAGUUCUCAAAGAAUUUAGAGAUAAUUCAUUCAAGAGUUUUCUAUCACUGCGAGAAAUUGACUAAAGUUGAAUUACCAGAGUCAGUAACAAAGAUUGGAGAUGAAUGUUUCACAAUGUGCUCAUCAAUAACAGAAUUCAAUCUUCCAAAAUCACUUAAAUAUGUUGGAGAUAAGUGCUUCACAAAUAUGACAAAUUUGCAAUUUGUUAAUGUAAUAUCUGAUGUCGAAAUAGUUGAUACAGCAUUCAUCGAAUGCCAUAAUCUGAAAGAAAUCAAAUUCAACUCACCUUCAAUCAGCAAAAUUCAUUUGUCAUACUGGACAAACAAUUACACAGCCAAUUUAGAGAAAGUAAGCAAAUACUUAGAACUAUAUGCCGGACCUACAUUCUGCAGAUCUUGCAAGAUAAAACAUAUCAAUAUUUCUUGUGAUGUUAGAGAAAUAAAGUCAGGCGGCAAAGAUUAUGUCAAAUUUGAGCAAUUCACUUAUUCUGGAAAUAUAGAAAUAGGAGGAACUAUGUCUGAUCCAAGUAGUAUCGAUUGUAUAGUCUUAAAUAAAGAUUACAAAUGGAAAUUAUUUGGUCAAAACCUUUCUAAAUUCAAGAAAUGUGGCUCAAAGACAUCAACUACAUUAAUUAUUAUCAUUGUUGCUGCAAUUUUAGUUGCCGCAAUUAUUAUUGCCGUUGCUAUAGUAUGCAUCUUGAGAAAGCGUAAAACAAAAGGAUUCUCUGAAAUUCCUAGUGGAAUUUAA